AUUCGUCAAGUCGUCGGUGUGAUUGUCGUUGACCCUGCUACUGAAAAUGUCUUAAUGUUAGCUAGCCGUAAGAAUGAAGGUUCUUAUGUUCUCCCUCGCGAUGAUUGUCAAGCUGACGAACAUCCUGAAAAAGCUGCUAUCCGUCUUUUAUUUGAGAAGGCUGGUGUCUCUACUUCUUUCUUAUCGAGCCGUAUCGGCUCUUACUCUGAGUCCAAUAAGAAGGGAAGAGUUAUUGCUCACCAUUGGAUGUACGAAGUCCACGCUCCAACUUUGCUUGAAUCAUGGCCUAGUAAAGAUCGCCAACGUGUCUGGAUCCCCUAUGCUGAAGCUUUGAAGGCUACCGAGAAUAAGCGUAUGUCCCAUCUCGCUCUUCAAAAGUGUUCACUGGUAAAGAGAUCUUCUGCUUAG